AAAGGAUAUAAGUCAUCGGCCCCCCUGAGUCUCUCGGUAAUUACGGGUUUACUUGUAAGCCUCAUUGACGCUCCCUUGUUUUUUUUAUAUUUAUCUCCUUUUUUCAUUUUGUUUCCAUUUCUCUUUACUUAGACCUAUCUUUAAUAUCAAAUGUUAUAAGAAUUAUCCUACUCUUUUCCCUUGGAUUUACAGCAGCUAAACCAAGCAGCCAGUCUAAUAGAUUCUCCGUCUUUCGGCUUCAACAUUAAACAAGAAAGACCCUGAGGUAUAACCUGCCAGAUCUCAUUUAAAAUGUUAGAAAAACCACUACUCAUAGUCGAUGCCGGCGGCUUCGCCGUGUCCAUGUUCAUCAUGGUACUUCGUCACUCCUUAGCCUUCCGCCUCAAAUCGAUACGGCACUCGAUAUUUCCUUCGUCCCCAUCAUCCACAGACUCAAAGGGGCCUCGUAAUAUUGUCAUCAUAGGUGCCUCCAUCGCAGGGUACUCGGCCGCCAGCAACAUCGCGAAGUUCCUAUUACCAGAUUCGGAAUACCGAGUUAUUGUUAUCGAACCCCGCGAGCAUUUCCAGUUCACCUGGGUUCUCCCACGAUUCUGCGUCGCGGAGGGCCACGAGCAUAAGGCGUUUAUUCCUUACGGGGGACUACUCCCCCGCGGUGCGCUCGAUGCCGACGGAGGCAAAGUCUCGUGGAUCAAGGAUCGCGCCGCUAGUAUCUCGCGAGACAGUGUACGCUUGGCUGGGACCGGCGAGGAGAUACCAUAUGAGUUCUUAGUCGUGGCUACCGGCGCCGGUGCUACUGAUACUCUACCAAGUCGCGUGGGGGCUGACGACAAAACCGAAGGAAUGAAACUGAUGAGAGAGAUUCAGAGGCAGAUUCGCGAGUCGAAGAAUCUAGUUGUUGUUGGCGGAGGCGCUGCUGGUGUAGAGCUGGCUACGGACGCGAAGGCGAAAUAUCCAGAGAAGCACGUCACCUUGGUACACUCGAGACCCUCAGUAAUGCACCGGUUUGGGCCGAAGCUACAGGCUGCUGCGACUGAUGGGAUCAAGGACCUAGGAAUUGAGCUCAUCACAGGGGACAGAGUAGUGAGUGAAGACAGGGAGAAGGGCAUUGCUGUAUUAAGGAGCGGAAAAGAGAUUGCAUGCGACUACCUGGUCAACUGCACCGGCCAACGGCCUGAUUCCAAGCUCAUUGCAGAACUGAGCCCGUCAUCCAUAUCCGAGUCAGGCCAUAUCCUGACCAAACCAACUCUACAGAUCCAGGACGACUCACUGCCUAACGUAUAUAUAUGCGGUGAUGUCUCUGAGACUAAUACGACGCAUCCGAAUUCGAGAUCUGCCAUGCGCCAGGCUACGAUCGUGGCUUUCAACGUGUUAUCCGCCACGGAAGGCAAGAAGCCCAGAGACAAGUACGUGCCACAUUGGCUUGACGGAGUUAUUAAAUUGACUCUGGGACUGGAUAAAUCAGUCUCUACCGUGGGUGACGAGAAAACCGAGUUCCUAUUCCCGGCCAAAGAGAAGAACGAGGCUCUCAUGGCGGCUGGAGCCUGGCAUAGGCUAGGGGCCAAGCCUUUCGAAGAUGACGGGGAAUUCCUAAGGAAGAUUAAACCAAAGAUGUAAAUGGGCCAUUUAUGUUAUCGUUAACUAGCGUACAAGCUAGACCUCUAUCCCGGAAGCAUAUAAGUUGAUAACUGUCGACUCACAGUUAAUUGUAUGGAAUAAGCGUAGGAUUGGUAUUUGCAGGAUUGGUAGAAUAGGAUAUCUCAGUCAGUCAUGGUUUCGUUUUCACAGCACCUUACAUAGAACUACAUCCAUACCCCAGGUAAAGUUACAGGUACGAUAUUAGAUACCCUUAAACCAUUUCAGCAAUUGGCAACUCAAAGUUGGUAGCCCU